AUGCACAGCAAAAGUUGUUCAGUUGCACUUGCAACAAGGCCCCUGCUUCUUUUAUUGUUGUUGCAACUGCAGCAGCAACAGUAUCAGGCAGCAACAGCAGCAAGACUAGAGUGCCCGACUCUCAGCGGCGCCUUGAGAUUCCAAACCUUAAGGGGACUCACACUUGGAUUUUUGUCCCCAGCGGUGCAGUGGGGAGUCCCUGUGUACCGCAGAAGCAGAUGUUGCAUUAGAAACGAGACUUUCGAAAGCUGCAGGCGCUACUCUGGUAGUUCAGGUCCUUUGGGUGCAACGGACAGACACUUGGAACAAAGUUCAAGUCAUUUUUUAAGGUCAGCGACUGCCGGCAAUUCACACAGCAGUCAACUACAGCAGCAAGAAAAGCAUCAGCAAGCCGACGACACACCCCAGAUCGAUUUGGCACGUGCGUUGCAGCUGCUCGAGGCAGCAAGCACUGGAGGACCCCCCAUCGGCGAAGUAGGGGCGCUAUGGGUUUCGUCCGGUGUUAAGAACCCUCCAGGGUCCCCAAAGCGCCAGGGCAUGGGUGAAAAGAAACGGCUAGCUGUAAUAUUCAAUUGCAUGCUGCAUGCGUGCGAGAGACAGGGAGACUCCCUGGGUGGUUUUGAGGUGUAUAAACAGAUGAGAGCAUCAGGAGCACCACCGGAUGACGCAACUUUCCAUAGUAUUGCUUCGCUGAUGGAAAGGGCUGGAGAGUACCAUGGGAUGCUCAAGCUGCUGGAACACAUCAAGGAGGAAGGCCACGAGCCUUCUUUGGCCGUUCUCAGUCUCGCUGUUAGCUCCUGCAGCAAAGCAGGAGCUGCUUCUGCUGCGUUGCAGCUAGCGCAGCAGCUGCAGCGACGAAUUCGUGCUGCCGCUGCUGCGGUUGCACCAGCAGCGGCAGCGGCUGUAGCUACAGCUGCAGCUGGGCUGCAGCAUGCAGGAGAAGCCGUAGCAAGAGCAGCAGAAGCGUUACAGCAGGCCCUUCCGUCGAGUGUCUACACGGCUCUUAUUUGCUGCUGUGUUAAAGCAGGCAGAUAUGAAAAGGCGAUUCAGUUAUACGCGGAUUUUUGUGCUCUGAGGCAUCACCAAGAAGUGCUGCAGCAGCGCGUAGCCCAACAGCAACACCAGCAGUCCUCGCAACAGCAAAAGAAGCAGCCGCAGCAGCAGCAGCAAGAUUCGGGCGAGCUGGAGCCUGAGAUGUUGCAACACCUGCAACAGCUGCUGCAGCGGGACUCAUACUUGCCAACGGCGCCACUCGUGAAUGCUGCUAUCGCUGCAGCAACAGCAACAGGCCGGCUGCAGCUGGCCAUGUCCAUAUUCCAGCGGGACUUGCUUGGGCUGCAGCAGCAGCAACAGCAGCACGGUCAGGACCACCUGAACGAUGAAAUUUUCGGGAGUUUCAGUGCUGCGGAAGCGCACGCCCCCACUACUGAGACAUUCUUGUCACUGCUUGCUGCUGCUGCGCAGCAGCAGAGCAGCAGCACGGUUGACGCUCUCCUGCGUGAGUUUGAAGAACAGCAACAGCAACGUCAGCAGCAACAGCUUUUGCCCCUUGAUGCUGCUGCUGUGUACGCUGCAGCUGCAGAGGCGCUUGCAGUGGGGGGCAGGUGGAGGGAAGGGCUGCAGUUGCUUGUCCACUCCCACGCGGAACGACAACAGCAGCAGCAACAGACGCUUCAGCAAAUGCAACAUUUAAUCGGCACGCAGCAGCAGCUCCACCAGCAGCAGCUCCAGCAACUGCAGCCGUUACUGCAAGCCUUUCCCCCCUUUGGCAGUGUUGCUCCCUAUCUGACGCUUUUGCGUUGCUGCGCUGCAGCAGCAGCGCCAAGGGAAGCUCUGGGCGUGUUGAGGCUACUGCAACAGCGACACCAACAACAGCUGCAAGUGUUCGACUUGCAGCAGCAGUUGCAGAAGGGCCAGCAUGACAGUCUACUAGCAGCAGCAGCAGCAGUACCACCCGAAUUCCCUUUGAACGCAUUUGCGGAGGUUAUGGCAGCAGCAGCAGCAGCAGCAGACUGGCAGCUGUUAAUUUCAGUUGUUGCAGAAUUCGAGUCCCCAAAGGUCCAGCAACAGAGCGCAGCAGCCGCUGCAGCAGCCGCUGCUUUUAAUGCGCAAAGUGUCGCGGAAGCGUCGGAGCUAUGUUCUCCUCUUACUUCCCCGUGCGGCGACAAAGCGGCUGCGACAGCCGCUGCAGCAAGAGCUGCUGCUGCACUUUCCCAGCAACACAUUCCACUAGAACAGAGGGUUCGCGUUGCAGCGCUAAAACUUCUAGGACUGCUUCAUACAGGGAACUUGCGUGACGCAGCAGAUCAGCGGCGGCAGCUGCUUCUGCUGCUAGAAAGGCCCAGCAAUAAAUGUUCAAUCAGCACAUUGUCCUCCCCAGGGUCGGUUAAUGCAGUUAAAGCAGAGCCGGAACAUCAGGAGCAGCUGGAGAUAUCAGAAGAAGAUCCGUUGAUUAGCGACUCACUGAAGCUCGCGGAGAAGCUGCUUGGCCCAGCGCAGCAGCAGCCACGAACAAAGCCAGACAGUAGGCGGCGGUUACAGGAAGACCAUGGCAUUUCGCAGAAGCAGCGUGUGGAGCACCACCAAAAGUUGCUCUCGCAGCAAAUCAGGCAAUACUAUGAAUCGCAAAAUUAA